AUACCAUUCAGACAAUUUUCCUUCUUUCACUAAAACACUCAACCAAACAAAGUGUAUAACUAAUCUUCAUCAUUGAUAAAUACAGACACACACACACACACAUAUCUUCAAGAAAAAUGGAGAAAACCUUGUUGCAGACGAAUCCGCAGUUUAUAGACCUCAACUCCAAACCCAUGCACGAAACAUCGAAUGAUGAGCUGAUUCAGGAGCUGAGCAGAAUGAAAUGGGAGAACAAGAAACUCAACGAAUUACUCACCAUUGUUUGUAGAAACUACCAAGAUUUCGCCAAAAAUGAUUUUGCAGAAGAGCUCUUAGCCUCGAGGAAAAGAAAGUCCGACCAACUCGAAAACUCAGGCCACAUUUUCCACAGCUGCUGCGGCGAGUGCUCACCGGGCAGGCCAAGGGAGAUUAGGUCGAACACCUCGAGAGUUCAUGUCCGAAUCGAUCCAUCUGAUACAAGCCUGAUUGUGAAGGAUGGAUAUCAAUGGAGGAAAUAUGGACAAAAAGUGACUAGGGAUAAUCCCUCUCCAAGAGCUUACUAUAAGUGCUCACUCUCCCCAACUUGCCCUGUCAAGAAGAAGGUACAAAGAAGUGCCGGCGAUCCAUCUCUUUUAGUUGUGAUAUAUGAAGGGCAGCACAACCACCACCCCUCCAGCACCGAAAUACCGGCGUCGCCGCUCCAGUCUCCGGUCGGACAACCAGUCCCUGCAGCAGCAAACAUUGAUCCUACAAUAUGCAGAAGAAUCGAAAAUGAGGAGAGUGAGAUUAAUCAGCAGGUUUUGGUGGAGCAAAUGGCUUCAUCUCUAACGAGAAAUCACAGCUUCACGGCGGCGCUUGUGGCCGCCAUCACCGGCAGAAUAUUAGACGACGGAUCCGAGGAAAACGACGACAGUUUCUCCAUCUCAACUCGUACAUGCAUCCUACAAGGGGCAAAUGCCCCACCUCAAAAAAUUUCAUCUGUGCUAUUUUGAUCAUUAUUUUUAAAUUUUUUUUUGAAAAUACCUUUAUAAAUGCCCCUUCUAAAAUCCUUAAAAUGUCUUUGUAUGGAAUUUUGCACCAACUAUAUAGUAUUUCUGGCUCCGUCCCUAAUCUCAAGAGUGCUUUCUGAGUAGAAAUUAUGUGUAUUUUUACAUCAAUAAAUUAAAUAUUGUUGAAGUGAGUCUCAUUAUUCAAAAA